UGCGAUGAAGGGGAACGCGGCGUCGGUGACUCGUCUCGACUCGGACGAUUCGAUGCGACGAGUUGAAAAAUUUUCCCAAAAUAAUGUAGAGGAGGAAUUGUUGAGGAGAUUUGGUGAUAUAUAAAAGGAAGAAGAAGCAUUCUGUGUAUUGAGUAGCGAAGAAGGGAAGAAGGAAUUAGGGGAAGAGAGAAAGGAGAGACAAAUAGGGAUAGAGGGAAAUGGGGGAUUCGAGCGAUUCGGUUUCGGUGGAUAUGGAGUCGAUCUCUUCUGGUGGAAAGGAGUAUUUUGUGAAAACCUGUUAUGGUGUUGUUUCUGUCACUGUGGUUGGAGACCAGGACAAACCAGCUCUAAUCACUUAUCCUGAUUUAGCUCUAAAUCAUAUGUUCUGCUUCCAAGGAUUAAUGUUUUGUCCAGAAGCUUGUUCGUUAUUGCUUCACAACUUUUGCAUAUAUCAUAUCAGCCCUCCUGGACAUGAGUUAGGAGCUGCUGCAAUUUGCCCUGAUGAUCCUGUACUUUCUGCAGAUGACUUAGCAGAUCAAAUUGCUGAAGUUCUUAACUAUUUUGGACUUAGUGCCGUGAUGUGUAUGGGUGUUACUGCUGGGGCAUACAUCCUCACUCUCUUUGCCAUGAAGCACAGGCAUCGUGUUCAUGGUUUGAUAUUGAUUUCUCCCAUAUGCACAGCGCCCUGUUGGACAGAAUGGUUGUAUAAUAAGGUGAUGUCAAAUUUUCUUUAUUUCUAUGGCAUGUGUGGGGUAGUGAAGGAGUUGUUGCUAAAGCGGUAUUUCAGUAAGGAAGCUCGUGGUUGUUCUCAAGUACCAGAGUCCGAUUUAGUUCAAGCAUGCAGAAGAUCGCUUGAUGAGAGGCAAAGUUUAAACGUAUGGAGGUUUCUUGAAGCGAUGAAUGGGAGACCUGACAUAUCAGAAGGGUUGCGAAAACUAAAGUGCCGUUCGUUGAUAUUUGUUGGGGACAGGUCCCCAUUCCACUCAGAGGCUCACCACAUGGCUGUUAAACUAGAUAGAAGAUACAGUGCCCUAGUGGAAGUUCAAUCAUGUGGGUCAAUGGUGACGGAGGAGCAGCCUGAUGCAAUGUUGAUACCUAUGGAGUAUUUUCUCAUGGGAUAUGGUAUGUAUAGGCCAUCUCAUUUUAGCGUCAGCCCAAGAAGCCCUUUGAGCCCUUCUUGCAUAGCUCCUGAGCUUCUAUCGCCAGAAAGCAUGGGCUUGAAGUUGAAACCAAUAAAAACAAGAAUCUCCUUGCAAGUCUAGACGAUGGACGAUGAAAGGAGGCAGAAGAACAGAAAAUAAAGAUCACUUUUUGUAUUUAUGUGUACGUGAGGACAGUUUUUUGGUUUUUCUCUGGCAAUCCAUCAGUUCAUGAGUAAGAGGUGUGGGCUUGGGGUGUAGAUAAAGAAGGAAACAGGAUAAUUGGUAAUGAAAACUUUUAGGCAGAAAUCAGAAUUUGUCAUUCUUUCAUUUGUAAUCAAAAGAGUUAGUUGAGGAGGGCCAUUCUCUGUAAAUCCAAGAAUUAUUUAUUUCCAAUAAAUAAAUAAUGUUUUUA